CAGUCAGUGACUUUUAUAGAAAAUUUAUUAUACAAUUUUAGGUUUAUUAAUACACAGAAAACACUGACAUUCACACCACAUAUAUACAAGCAGACACAUAACAUGGCCAAUAAGGGACACUUUAUAGACAGAAAUGAAAAUAUUCCGACUGCAGGAGUUUCUACCUAUGGUUUAGAUGGCGAGGGAGAUGUAAAAUGUUGCCUAAAUAUUAGCAAUCCUGAAGAACUAGCUGAGAGUCUGGUGAGGUCCAAAUGCGUUGAGAACAGGGACAUAUCCAAUAGUUUUCCCGCUGUUUCGGGUAUUCCCAGUGAUAGUCUUCGGGAUUUCAUGACUAGUGAGUUGCAGAAGUCCCGCUUUAUGUCGUUUAAGGAGAAGUUCUACGAGGAGAUGUACUUCAAGAAGUCCAAUCUGGGUCAAGUAAAGCCCACUUACUCCAAGCCAGAUAAUGUGAACAAUUCCAGUCAAACCUUUGGCUGUCCUUCGAGUCCAACUCCUUCGGAAUCUCUGUAUUCAAUAAUAAUGCCAGCUAAGUCAGCGGAACAAGUUAAUAAGGAGUACCAAACCUUUCACGACAAGAAAAUCAUCAGCCACAAUCACUAUUUUCCCUCGGAGCAGAUUAAUCGCCAAUAUUCGCCACCCUUUAAUCGCCAAACCCCUUCUGCAAAUUUCCAAAGCCUUGGCGAUUUCGGACUGAAAGUGAAACGAUGUCUUGAGGAAGGGGAAAGCCACCUGAAGGUUAUUGGAAAGGCACAAGUAGACUUUAUGAAACGAACCGAAGCCCCUCUGGGAACGAAAUUCGAAAAGUAUCCUUGUGCAGUUCCCGACAUAACUUUCGGCAUUCCCAUGACCAGUAAUGGUGAUGUGAAGAUGCUGCUUAGUAAUAUCAAACCCUCUGAAGAAACCAAUCGACUAUUAGACGCCAUUAGCUAUUUAAACAAGAAGCGAUACAAAUUGAGGGAUCUACUUGAUUUCCACAAACAUGAACUAAUGUCUCAGCUGGAAAAGAGUGAUAAGGACAAAACAGGUUAUUUGCCAUUGCCAUUGAUUUUGGAAAUCAUCGGAAGUUUUCACAUUCGCUUGGAUUCUCGGAAAAUCCGUUCUGCUCUUUCCCAUUUCCAGAUGAUCGUCGACAAGGGUUGUGCCACGGAACGUGUGAGUUACCAGAAUUUCCUUAAACUUCUCUCCAUUCAGAACUCAUUGCCAAAAAUGGGAAACCUAUUCAAUGCUUCUGAUAUUAAUUGCCUGGACACCACAUAUCGUUUGUUCUGCGACGAUCGUCAAAAGAAGCCCAAAGUGGAUCUGAAGGUCUGUGAUCAACAUCUUGAGAAGGAUAUAACGAGUGUAAAGGAUCUGGUAUCUCCGGAUCUGGCCAUUUUACGUGGCCUUAAACCAAACGAUUUUACACGUUUGCGACCGAAAGUGGAAAUCGAACGAAUCUUCAGGAAACUCGUCUCAAAAGAUGGAUUUGAGAAUAUUUGGAGAAGUCUAAUGAAUGAGUACAAGGUCCAGAAUGAAAUGGCAUCUGUCACGCAGUUUCGUGCUAAGAUGUACAAUAAUAUAGGAACCACAUAAAGAUGUCCACUGAAAUUAUUGGUCAAAACACUGUACAUAUUAAAAAUAUUAGAAUAUAUAAAAAAACAAAGAGGAAGAUUUUUAUACCAGUAUGAGAAACUAUAAGAAUAAAAUAAAUUAAAGAUUUAUUCAAA